AUGAGUAGUUUAGAAACAGGGUCUCUUGUUGAACCAUCUACAGCUUUUCCUAAACUAGAAGAACUGACUCAAAAGGAUGAUACCAAGAACGGUUCUCCAAAAAGUAAUACUAAAUCACCAGAGAAGGAAACUUUUGCCGAAACUAUACAAACACCAGGGAAGGAAACCUUUGUUGAAACUACUCAAACACCAGUUGUAUCUACAGAUUCCGACUCUAACUUAGCUGCAGAAAACGAUCCUUUUGCAGGGUUAUCGUUUAAGGUGGGUGUUGCUGAGAACAAGAAUACAACAUACAGAAGCAAAAUGGAAGAUGUCCAUACAUAUAUUGCCAAUUAUGCUGAAAGAGUGGAUUGGGGAUAUUUUGCCAUAUUUGAUGGACACGCAGGGAAAGAAUCUGCCCGUUGGUGUGGUAACAAUUUACACACUUUAUUAGAGCAAGAAAUUGACUUGGAACUACAACAUCAAAACCAAAACCAAAACCAAAACCAAAACCAACUGCCUUCUUCUGCUUCAGAUAACAAUUCCAAAAUACCGUCUUCUGCUUCAGCCCAGCUGGCAACAACACACGGCUUGAGUGAUUCCCCAAGCUCAACAACGUCCACAUCAGAUAUACCUAUGAAUGGCCGCUUCGAUAUGAAGGAAUACCUAUAUAAAACAUUUGUUCGUGCAGACGACUUGAUUGAAAAAAAUGGUCAAGGUGCAUCUGGGUGCACUGCAGCAGUAGCAGUUUUACGUUGGGAAGGUGAUUCUGAUAAUGACUGUAUGGUAGAUGCAGCGAACGGUAAAGGCUCUGGCACCACCGCCACAACUGCAACGACUGCAACAACCUCCAACACCAACACCACAGUACCUAACACCAACACCAACACCACAGCACCCAACACCAACACCACAGCACCCACCACCUCCUCCCCCUCCCCCACUUCCACUACAAACGGACUGAAAAGGUUUGAUUUUGUUCCACUGAAAAAUCAUAAAAGAAUGUUAUACACUUCCAAUGUAGGAGAUUCAAGAAUUAUACUAUGCCGAAAGGGUAAACCAUACAGACUAUCCUAUGACCACAAAGCUUCAGAUAUCAACGAGAUAAACAGGAUAGAAAGCUCGGGAGGAUUGGUUUUGAAAAAUCGGGUAAAUGGGGUAUUGGCUGUGCUGAGGUCUCUUGGUGAUUCAUACAUGAAGGAUUUGGUCUUGGGAAAGCCCUUUACAACUUCAACUGAAAUUAUACCCCAGGACGAAUUUAUGAUUAUUGCAUGUGAUGGAUUAUGGGAUGUCCUAUCUGAUUCCAAAGCAUGUAAAUACGUCAAAGAAUGUUUUUCAAGAGGAUACAGCGUUCAAAACACAGCAAAGAAAUUGUGCCAAUUGGCCAUCGAUAAUUCCACCACAGACAAUGUUACAGUGAUGAUUGUUCAAUUUGAUAAAGAUGUAUUUACUCAAGAAAAAUGA